AUGAAAGUCGACAAAUUGAAGCUUCGCCAGGCAGUAGAUUCACUCUACUCUAUCGGCCCAGCAAGCCAAGAGUCCUACACCCGGCUCGUGCUAGAAUGCUUUCGUGCCAACGAUGCCGAUCAAGCCAAGCGAUUGCAGUCCCACAUGGACGCUUACUCCUACCGCCCGGCCGAUUCCUUCAUUCACAAUCGACUCCUCCAUCUGUACGCGAAAUCCGGCCAGAUACCCAGUGCUCGCCAACUGUUCGACAAAAUGCCCCACAGAGACAUCUUCUCCUGGAACGCUAUGCUGUCGCUGUAUGCGAAAUCCGGGUGCGUUGACGACUUGCAAGGCACGUUCGACAGGAUGCCUUCCCGGGAUUCGGUUUCUUAUAAUACCGUGAUUUCGGGUUUGGCUGGACGUGGGUGUGCAAGCAAGGCGCUUUCUGCCUUUGUGAAGAUGCAAAGAGAGGGGGUUGUGCCCACAGGGUACACAGUUGUUAGUGUGGUGAAUGCUUGUACGCAGUUGUUGGAUUUGAGGAGAGGGAAGCAGAUCCACGGGAGGAUAAUAGUUCGCGAUUUCGGAGGUAAUCCUUUUAUUUCGAAUGCGUUAACCGAUAUGUAUGCAAAGUGUGGCGAGAUCGCUGUGGCGAGGUGGCUCUUUGAUAGGAUGACGAAUAAGAACUUGGUGUCAUGGAAUUCCAUGAUCUCUGGUUACUUGAAGAACGGGCAGACUGAUAAAUGCAUUGAUUUGGUUGGUGAAAUGGAGUUGUCUGGUUUGAAGCCCGACCAAGUUACACUUUCAAGCAUCCUCAGUGCAUAUUUUCGGAAUGGAUGUUUGGAACAAGCGGGGAAAUUAUUUAGGAAGAUUUCAGCGAAGGAUAAGGUAUGUUGGACAACUAUGAUAGUUGGUUAUACCCAAAAUGGCAAGGAAGAGGAGGCUCUGAUGUUGUUUAAAGAAAUGACGUUAGCAAAUGUCAAGCCGGAUACUCAUACCAUCUCGAGUGUGGUUAGUUGCUGCUCUAAGUUAGCUUCUCUGAAUCAUGGCCAAGUUGUUCACGGGAAAGCAUUUGUGAUGGGAGUGGAUGAUGACCUGCUGGUUUCUAGUGCUCUUGUUGAUAUGUAUUGCAAAUGUGGACUCACUAGGGAUGCGUCGAGUCUGUUUACCAUGAUUUCAGCCCGAAAUGUGGUUUCUUGGAAUUCAAUGAUUGGUGGGUAUGCUCAAAACGGGCAGGAUUCAGAUGCUUUGGCACUUUUUGAGAGCAUGUUGGUAGAAGAAGAAUUUAAACCAGAUCAUAUUACCUUUGUAAGUGUGCUAUCUGCUUGUAACCAUGCUGGUUUGGUUGAAGAAGGAAAGAGAUAUUUUGGAUCAAUGAGUGGAAUUCAUGGUCUGUCUCCUACUUUAGAUCAUUAUGCGUGCAUGGUUAAUCUUCUUGGGCGUUCAGGAAGCAUUGAUGAAGCUGUUGAGCUAAUUAGUAGCAUGCCUCAUAAGCCAGAUUCCUUGAUUUGGUCAAGCCUUUUAAAUGUUUGUGCAACGAAAAGGAACAUCAAGUAUGGGGAGAUGGCAGCGAGGAAACUAUUUGCAUUGGAUCCUUUGAAUGCCGGGCCUUACAUCUUGUUAUCCAACAUGUAUGCCAGUGAUGGAAGGUGGAAGGACGUUGCAGCCCUGAGAAGUUUGAUGAAGACCAACAACGUGAAGAAAUUCGCAGCCUACAGUUGGGUUGAUAUCAACAAUGAAGUCCACAAAUUCGUUGCAAAUGACCGGAUCCAUGUUGAUUCGAUAGCUAUAUACAAGGAACUCGAUGAUUUGAUAAAGAAAGUUCAGGAAGUUGGCUAUAAGCCUAGUACAAACUUGGUCUUACAUGAUGUUGGGGAACAAGAGAAACUGGAGUCCAUUAGUUAUCACAGUGAAAAGCUUGCGCUCGCAUUUAUGUUGAUGAAAAGGCCUCAUGAGUCUAUGCCGAUGGAUGAUGCCAUGACGGUGGCUAAUAUGGACACAAGAGGGCUGGGAAUGCUGCUGCUGCCGCUGCUGCUGCUGCUGCUGCAGCAUUCCAACGCCACUUCCACGGCAGCAGAUUCUCAAGCUUCGUCGAAGAGAAGUUCUGUACAAAAUCUUCGUCGAAGAGAAAUUCUGUACACUCUGUUACUAGUGACUACAUUCGCCGCUUGAAGCCUAGAAGUCUCUGCUGUUGGAUUUUCUUAGGUUCAGAUGUGAAGCGCUGAAAUCCAAGAUGAAUGCAGGCCCAAGACACCAGAGUUGGGAAGCUAAAGGCUGACGAAGUUGAAGCCAUUCCUUGUUGGGCUUCUGAUAACUCUUUUCAUGUUGGGCAGCCACAUUUCUGAUUUCUCCACAAGAUAACUUUUAUCCAAAUAUGUGUGUAGGAUGGAGGGAAAGUAUUUGAAUUUGAG